AGUUCUGUGUUAUAGUUGACGAUGACGUUUCCCCGAGACAAAAAAUGUGCCUUGCUUCAGCUAAACGGGAUGACUUAACCGGUGUGCUACCGAAGAGAUUCAUUGAAAACUGCAGCAAACACGCAAGGGAAAAUAAUUGAGUGACAGAGGCAGGAUGUUGGAGUCCUAUGUCACGCCCCUGUUGAUGACCUACGUGAACAAAUACAUCAAGAACCUGAAGCCCUCUGACCUGCAGCUGUCGCUAUGGGGAGGAGACGUAGUACUGAGCAAGCUGGAGCUGAAGCUGGAUGUCCUGGAGCAGGAGCUGAAACUGCCCUUCACCUUCCUGAGCGGGCACAUCCAUGAAUUGUGUAUCCACGUGCCCUGGACCAAACUGGGCUCCGAGGCCGUGGUCAUCACCAUUAACACAAUGGAGUGUAUUCUCAAACUGAAGGACGGAGCACAGGACGACCAUGAGAGUGGUUCUAGCUCCACCAGUCGCAGCGCCUCCGAGAGCUCCAAGACCCUUCCCAAGCCCCGUCGCCUCCAGCAGGCCGCCCCCUCCGACCCAGACCUGCCCCCAG